UUGCUGGCGGAUGAGGGCGCUUCACCGCCAUGUGAAACUCACUCACUCUCUCUCUCACACACACACGCACACACACACUCAGCGACGUAGUGUGUGCAAGCCCACCGAAAAGUAGGGCUUGAUGAUGAACUGAGCAGCAGAGAAGACAGAAAUCGUCAGUAGAAAACCGGCGCACAACCCGAUCCAAUGACUCGGGUGAUGUGAAGAAAAAAAAAACCAACAAAAAUAAUUUACUACCGGAGCGAUUUUAACUCGGGCCGAGCGAGCUGCAGUGAAGAAGCAGGACUUUUCGUGCCUGUUGGUGUUCACGUUUGGCCAUCAGAUGAGCAAGUUCUGAAAAGUCGAUCUGCGUCUUUGCAGUUUUUCCAGCUCGAGACCUCGUUAUAACAUCAUGGCUGUCUCGUCGUCCUCCUCCUCCUCCAAUCUCCUGCUCCUCCUCCUGAUUUCGUCCCUGGAUUGGCUGUCCACUCCAGGUUCUGCAUUUCUCUUGGACCGGGACCACAUGACAUCAUCAGCUCCCAUUGAGCCUCAUUUCACUGAGUGCGUAUCGAGGGACCAGGAGACAUUCCGCUGUUGGUGGAGUCCAGGCACCUUCCACAACUUGUCCUCCCCUGGAGCUCUCAGAGUCUUCUACCUUAAGAAAGACUCUGCGUCCAGGGAAUGGAAAGAGUGUCCGGAGUACAUCCAUUCAAAUAGGGAGUGCUUCUUCGAUGUAAACCAUACGUCCGUUUGGGUCCCCUACUGCAUGCAGCUCCGCAGCCAAGACAACGUCAACUUUUUCAAUGAGGACUACUGUUUCACUGUGGAAAAUAUUGUACGUCCCGACCCGCCAGUGUCUCUAAACUGGACCCUCCUGAACAUAAGUCCCUCUGGGCUUAGUUAUGAUGUCAUGGUCAACUGGGAGCCCCCGCCCUCUGCAGACGUCGGGGCGGGCUGGAUGCGCGUUGAGUACGAGAUCCAGUACAGAGAGAGGAAUGCCACAAACUGGGAAGCACUGGAGAUGCAGCCACGCACCCAGCAGACAAUCUACGGUCUGCACAUAGGAAAAGAGUAUGAAGUACACAUCCGCUGCAGGAUGCAGGCCUUCACUAAGUUUGGAGAGUUCAGCGACUCCAUCUUCAUUCAAGUUACUGAGAUUCCCAGCAGAGAGACUACUCUCCCACUCACACUUAUUCUUGUUUUUGGGAUCGUGGGCAUCCUCAUACUCAUCAUGCUGAUUGUCGUCUCUCAGCAGCGCAGAUUCAUGAUGAUUCUGUUGCCACCAGUUCCUGCACCCAAAAUUAAAGGCAUCGAUCCAGAGCUGUUAAAGAAGGGGAAGCUGGAUGAGCUAAAUUUUAUCCUGAGCGGUGGAGGUAUGGGUGGCCUGCCCGCUUACGCACCAGAUUUCUACCAAGACGAGCCAUGGGUGGAGUUCAUCGAGGUGGAUGCUGAGGACGCAGAUACUGGGGAGAAGGAGGACAACCAGGGCUCGGACACCCAGAGGCUCCUUGGCCUGCCCCAACCCGCCAGCCACCACAUGAACAUAGGGUGCUCCAACACUGUUAGCUUCCCCGAUGAUGACUCAGGUAGGGCAAGCUGUUACGACCAUGAUGUGCCUGAGCAAGACACCGUAAUGCUGAUGGCCACCCUGCUGCCAGGCCAACCUGAAGACGGAGAAGCUUCACUCAUUGUAGAAAGAGCUCCAACCCCUGAGAGAGGCGAGAGGCCCCUCAUCCAAACCCAAACCACAGGGCCCCAGACUUGGGUCAACACAGACUUCUAUGCCCAGGUCAGCAACGUCAUGCCCUCCGGAGGCGUGGUGCUGUCUCCCGGCCAGCAACUCAGAAUCCAGGAGAGCACCUCAGCCACGGAGGAGGAAACGCAGAAGAAAGGAAAAGAGAGCGAAGGCAGCGAGGAGACGGAGGGGAAGAAGCAGAAAGAGCCUCAGUUCCAGCUGCUGGUGGUGGAUCCGGAGGGAAGCGGCUACACCAUCGGAGAGCAUGCACGGCAGAUCAGCACUCCCCCUAUCUCCCCCAUGCCUGGUGCAGAGUACCAGACCAUACAACACCCUCAGCCAGCGGAGACCAAACCCGCAGCUGCAGCGGAGGAUAAUCAGUCACCUUACAUUCUUCCUGACUCUCCCCAGUCCCAGCUCUUUGCUCCUGUUUCGGACUACACAGUGGUACAGGAGGUGGACAGUCAGCACAGUCUGCUCCUCAACCCCCCUCCCCACCAGUCUCCCCCUCCCUGCCUACCACCACACCCCCUCAAGGCUCUACCUGCCAUGCCUGUAGGGUACAUCACCCCAGACCUGCUGGGGAACCUCUCACCAUGAAAUGACAAUGCCAUUGGACCUUUAGGGUGUAAGUUGACGUUGAUUGACCAGGAAGUCCCCUGCAGUCACAAAAGCCUGUUUCUACCUGAUUCCUGCUGGAAACCAAAUAACUUGUGGGCGUGGAUGGGCAACGUGAGAAGCCCCAAGUCGUUAUUCUCGACUCUCUCUUAACGUCUGCCAACAUCAAUUCAUUUGAUGCAGAGGCUGCCAAAAGUAAAAAGAACAAAUGCACACUCUGCUCUGUUUUGCUGACAUCCAUGCACACGACACACACACGCAAAUAAGAGGCUGAAACUGACUGUAAUGAGCCCAAAAAGCAUUAGCUCACAGCUAACCCUCCUUGGAUCUCAUUACAUCUCCGGCUGAUUGCGUUUAGAGCAAUGGCAUCGUUGAAGUCUUAAUCUUACCAAGAGGUGUCAGCGUAUGAUCGACUGGGAGAAGACAAGCACAUUCUGGUCAUGUUUUUCACACCUCACCGCGAGGAAGUCAUCGCUGUUGUUGAUGCACCUCUUGCUGGCAGAGGUCUUGUGCCGCUCAAUCGUGGCUUAUUUUAUAUUCUUGGAUUUCCUAUUUCAUCAUGUCAUCUUAUUAGUACAAUGCUAGAGAUACAGUACAUAUAUAUAUAUUUUUAUACAAAAAGGCAUUACAUAAAGGAAAAAUCCACCCCAAAAUACAGUUGAAAACACAGCUAUGCAGUUUUACCUUGCAUUCCUGGUUUUAUUUUGUUUAAUGGUAUGCUGUUCAUAUUUUCAUGAAUAAGUGGCCAAACUGAUUAUAUGAUGUCAAGGGAUUUUGCCCCCCCCAAAAAAACAAACAAACAAACAAAAAAAAAAACAUGCAGUACGAAUGUACACACACAGACAUGAAUAACUCAAACUCCAUGAUCAACAUCCAACAUGUACUAUUUCUAUUACACUGCUUUCUCUCCUUGGGGGAUGUUGAAAGGCAUCCCUGGAAAUCACCUACUGAUAUAGAAGUAGAGCUUUUGAAUUAAAGGGAAAUUGCAACAUUUCAGAAUAUCACAAACUGAUUAUACAAACCCCAACAUGGAAUUUUCUUUUAAACUGAGUUUAUUUAUUUUCAUUUUAUUUUGCCAAGCAUACUGUACUGUGAACAUACAUCACUUACAACACUGAACAGCCGUUCCCGUAGUGAGAGAAAGGAUUCCUUCUUUCAGAUUGAGUCACAGUUGGGAGCCGCUCAGUACAAACAAUGGUGUAGUACACUGAGCACCACCAAGUGCCUUGCUCAAGGGCACAUAGCUAUAGUUAUUUAUCAGAGGAGAACACCCAGCAGUUCAGAGAAAAUAGGUACUGCGUUACGUCCUGUAAAAGCAGCCAAGUCUCACCUUUUCAACCAGCACUCACUCGUAACCUCUUACUUUAAGUGAAACCUUAACAAGCAAGCUUUCUACUUGGGAGUUUUAUUCUUCUCGUGUUGCAUUGUUAUUGCAUGGACAGCAACUGGAGCAAGUUGAAAGACUGUGAAAGUAUGUAAUAGAUGUAAUUAGCUAACAUUUUAUUGUUAUUAUCCGCCAAGUACAUCAUGUUAAUGACCUGUGCCUAUGAUAGUGUUACCAUAUCUGUGCUAAGGUGUGCUUACAUAAUUGGGAUUUGUGCAUUUUAUGCAUUGCUAUAUAAAGGCAAGUACUGCUAUUUAGGUGAAUCAGUGUAAAGCCUCUCUGUGCAUAGAUUCACAACUAAACAAAGUAACCUGCACGCACACACACAUACACACAUUACAUCAUUAACAUUUUCCUUAAUUGACUGAUUUAAUUUUGCAUGUUCUGAGGCCAUUCGACCGCGAUAUGCGCAUUUCCGAUCAUGCUCCUAAAACUGACCACAGUUUCCAAACCAAAAAUGUUGUUGGGGUGAGCGGGGCAGAGUUCCAAACCCUGGCCUGAUAGAGAGACAAAUACAUGAACAGAUGCAUGUCUUUUUCCCCCCGGAAUAACCUGAAUCAGAUACAGUAGGCAGUGUGUGUGUGUAAUUAGGCACACAUGGAGUUACUUUGUCCCCAUGCUUUUCUUACGAAAAUAACCAAAUUAAGGACAUUAUUUAGUCAGAAUCCGUUUCAUUAUCAGUUAUUUAGUCACAAUAGCUUGUAGUGUGUAAGCUUGUCCUUGGUUCACUGACAAUGUUAGCUUUUUGUGAUGGUAAAAGAGACCUUUUGUAAAUUCAUCCUAUGAAUUCUAUCAUGAAGACUUUGACAAUAUGCCUGUGACAAACACAGCAGCAUAGCAUAGAAUAUACAAUAAGCUAUGUAAGCUUAGGCUUAUAGAGGUUGUCUGAUAUACAUGGUUUCUUGAUAAAACACAAUGAAUUUUUAUCUCAGCAACUCCAUGAAUGAGUCAGAGGCAAUGUUAUUAUAUAACAACAAGGCAGCCUCCAAAUGAGCGUAUCUCAUCAUAAACAAAACAUACUUCACAGUGCAAAGGAAACAUACUCUGCCUUUGAAUUAUGUUGUUUUGGAUUCAUCCUUGACAUAAGCAGGCUGGUGACUCAGAUAGACCAGGUCUUUUGUAUUAGAUAAUCUCAUAAUGAAGAGAGACAAAGCAAGAGCCAUAAAAUGACAAUUAAAAAAAAAAUGUGAAUAUGGUAAAUACACUACGUGCCAUUUCUCUCUUUGUAUGUCUCUUAUUUUUGAAAAGAGCUCAGUGUUCUGUUGUUGCUGCCUAGUGCUGAUGAUACCAGCAAGUCAAUGCUGUUGCAGAAAUGUCUUAAUAUAUUUACUAGUGCUGUAAAAUUACAAGUAUAUAUUUUUAUGUCAUUAAUGUUACUAAUCACAACAUACUGCUGCUCGGUACAUGUAUUUUCCCUGCAUUCAGCCUUACUGUGGAGGGAAGGGGUCACUCGAGAGAUCACUUUAUCUCACUAUAUUUGGUAUGAAUUGGUCCAGUUAUCAGUUGCAACAAUGGGACAAUUUUGCCAUUUUGCUGCAAAACAAGAUGCUAUACAGUCACAGUGUUCACACCCAUCCAAAGAACCCCAGAAGGCUCUUUGUGCAUAUGAAGGAAGAUCACAUAAUGGAAAAAAGCACUGUUAAGGUUUUUUUAUUUUUAUUUUAUUUUUUUGCUUGUUUGUUUGUUUGUUUUGUUUCAGGUGUACCGUGGUGAUCGUGAAUGUGUGCAAACUGGAACAUGUGAUGCAAUGAUGAUAUUGAGGAAAAGUUUUAAAAAGUAAUCUCUGGAGGUGUUUUUUUAAAGGUUGCAGCGAAGAAAAGGAAUUCGGGAGGUGCUGUUUGUUUGGGGGUUUUUUUUGUACAGGUGUUUACUACGUUGUGUCUGCAAUUCUUUUUUGCCAGGUCACAAUGCGCUCAUUCUUAAUGUAGUGUACAAGUUUGCAACUGUUAUUUCAAGCUUAUAAAUGUUACAGACACUUUAGAGCAAGCACUUUGUACGCAUAUAUAUAUAUAUAUCUGAUGUUUAAAACAGUAUUCAGAUUUUGUAUCUCUCUAAAGUCUAUGAAUUUCCUGUUAUUAUAAAACAGCAUUAUGUUUUUUUUAUUCAGCACAAUAAUCAGACAAUGAGGAACUUUCAAUAUCAAUAAGCUUCAGUUUUGUUCUACAGAGUUUAUGUUUAUAGGACAUAUUUUACACUACCAGAUUGAUAGGAUGAUGUACUGUAAUGGAGUAUUUAAUAUUUGCUAUAAGAUUUAUGGACAGAUAGAGCAGAUAGAUAGUCUUUUAUGAAGUUAUAUCAAGAAAUAUAUGCAGAGUGAAAUAGUUCUACUGUAACUCGACACUCUUACAUGUCUCCCGCUACAUGAUUUCAGCAUUUCACUAUUAAGGUGCAUGUAGAUGAGGCUGAACUGUUUUAUAAUGAUGUGUUUUGACCUCCAGCUUCUUAGUUUUGUGUCAGUUCAAGGCUGGCUUUUGUCGCUCUGUUAUGCCUGGAAAUAAUUGUGAGUGCUGGAAUUUGUGCUGGUCAUUACCCUCUAUCAAACAAAAGAGAAUUCUGCCAGAUAUUUUUCAGCUUAUUGGGGAAAUAGUUUAAUUCUUGACUUGAGUAUUACCGUAUAUAGCCUGUUUGUUUUUCUGUAUUUCUUUCUUUCUUUUUUUUUAUCAGUAGGUUCAGUGGCUCCAAUCUAUAUUUCUGUCCAUGUGUUAUUUAUUUGUCAGCUCAGAGCCCUCACAUCACCCCACUACCUAAUCUGACUGCAAAGGAUGGGGCAGCGUGACUAAUGUGUGCUCUGUUAUUGUCUGCUGUGUGAGCCAUCCAGGCUCACAAAACUGGAAAUUUUCUACAUUUCAGGAUUGGAAACUGCUGCUUUGCGGUCUCCAGUGUGAAAACCUCAACACCAUAAUUUAUCUGUUUGCAUUGGCUUGAUCAAUUGAUAUGACUUUGCUCUAUAUUUCCAUGUCCCCUUCCUGACCCUCGUACCACUGUCCUUGUCUUUUGGCUGCUGUUUUACUCAAGGUCAAGAACUGUGUUGAUCUCUAAUGAUUUGAUAUUGUUCUCUUACCAGUUGAGCCUCUCCGGUGUUGUAUGUGUGAUCAAUAAGCUCUCAGCAAGUUACACAAUAAAUGUAUAUACUGCAACUUAA